UGGUACCUAGCUAGUACGUUUCGCCUGGCGUUUCCAAUCGGAUAAAGGGAGAACGCUAGAGAGGACGGUAGCGCGUCGUGUGGUUGCUGUAUUGUUGGAUGGUUGCCGCGCCGCCUUUUUUCUGUCCCCAUCCCUACUAUACGAUGAGCCACCUUGCCUGGAACGUUGGACAUAAAGAGUCAGGAUCGGGAAAGCAAAAUCGCGGCGGCCGUGCGACUGAGGAAAGCUAGGAAGCUGGCGGAAAUACGCGACAAUGCCCGGAUCCAGAAAGGGUUUGAUAGCCCCACAAAAUACCUUUCUGGAAAAUAUCAUCCGCAGAUCUAACGGAACACAUAGCAGCUUCUUGUUGGCAAAUGCGUCUAUCGUGGACUGGCCGAUAGUGUACUGCAAUGAAGGCUUCUCCAAACUGUCCGGAUAUUCUCGUGCUGAGGUCAUGCAGAAGAGCUGCACGUGCAGAUUUAUGCACGGAGAACUCACCGACAAGGAAACCGUUAAAAAGAUCGAGGAGACGCUGGAGGUUCAGGACACGGCACAAGUGGAAAUCCUCAUGUACAAGAAAAACAGAACGCCACUAUGGUUUCUACUUCACGUGGCGCCCAUCAAAAACGAGAAGGACAAGGUGGUACUGUUCCUCUGUACCUUCAAGGACAUUACUCUUCUCAAGCAACCGAUAGACGACGCCGAGACCAAUGCGGCUCCAGCCGGAAUGAGCAAGUUUGCCCGCCUGGCAAGGUCAGUGACCCGCAGCAGGUCCGUCCUUGUCCAGUUCUCCUCAACAGUCCCCAAACAGCCAGACAUGGGCAAACAGUCCAACCUCUCACACCGGUUUAGCUUGCGGAGGCUCUCCAGGAGACCAUCUGAGCAACCAUAUUGGCAGAUACUGAACUUGAAUGCUGACGUGCUCCCGAAGUACAAGCAAGAGACGCCCAAGACUCCACCCCACAUCAUCCUCCACUACUCCACCUUCAAGGCCGGCUGGGACUGGGUCAUCCUCAUCCUGACAUUUUACACCGCCAUCAUGGUACCGUACAACGUGGCCUUCAAACUGAAGGACAGGGAGAACAUUCCGCUGCUGGUCACGGACAGCAUUGUCGACAUCGUGUUCCUCAUCGACAUCGUCCUGAACUUUCACACCACAUUCGUGGGGCCUGGUGGAGAGGUGGUCUCCGACCCCAAAAUCAUACGUAUGAACUACCUGAAAAGCUGGUUCGUCAUAGAUCUGCUAUCAUGCCUACCCUAUGACGUCAUAAACGCCUUUGAUAAUGUAGACCCGAGCAUCAGUAGUCUGUUCAGUUCGCUGAAAGUGGUCCGGCUGCUGAGGUUAGGCAGGGUCGUGCGGAAGCUGGACCACUACAUCGAGUACGGAGCAGCCGUGCUGGUGCUACUGGUCUGCGUGUUUGCUCUCUUCGCUCAUUGGUUUGCGUGCGUUUGGUACACGAUUGGAGACGCCGAGCUCCAAUCUAACGUUACCUACGGUUGGCUGAACGAGCUGUCACUGGUGACCAAUCAGAGGUUUGUGCGGAGUAACGCCACGGGCCUGUACAUCCUGGGCCCGCCGAAACACUCCCUCUACAUCACGUCGCUCUACUUCACCAUGAGCAGCCUGACCUCGGUCGGGUUCGGUAACGUGUCUGCCAACACAGACGGGGAGAAGAUCUUCUCUGUCGCCAUGAUGAUGAUAGGAUCACUGCUCUAUGCCACCAUCUUUGGUAACGUCACAACUAUCUUUCAACAAAUGUACUCAGCAACCAAUAGGUACCAUGAGAUGCUAAACCAGGUUCGAGAGUUUAUGAAGAUAUAUCAGGUUCCAAAAGGACUGAGCGAAAGGGUUCUGGAUUACAUUGUGUCUUCCUGGUCGAUGAGCAAGGGCAUCGAUACCCAGAAGGUGCUUGAAAUCUGCCCUAAGGACAUCAAGGCGGACAUCUGCGUCCACCUGAACAGAAAAGUGUUCAAUGAGCACCCAGCCUUCCGCCUGGCGAGUGACGGGUGCCUGCGUGCCCUGGCCAUGCAGUUUACCACUAGCCACUCCGCACCGGGGGACCUGCUCUUCCACUCCGGCGAGAGCAUCGACGCACUCUGCUUCAUUGUAUCGGGGUCACUGGAGGUCAUCCAGGACGACGAGGUUGUUGCAAUCCUUGGCAAAGGCGACGUUUUCGGGGACAACUUCUGGAAGGAGCCUACGCUAGGCCAGUCAUGCGCAAACGUGCGAGCACUUACGUAUUGCGACUUACACGUCAUCAAGCGCGAUGGACUCAUGCAAGUGCUGGAAUUCUACACGGCCUUCGCAAACUCGUUUUCCAGAAACCUCGUGCUCACUUACAACCUCAGACACAGGCUCGUGUUUAGAAAGAUUGCGGAUGUAAAACGCGAAAGGGAGGAGAUGGAGAGGCGAAAGAAUGAGCCUCCUCUGGAUCUGCCAUCCAAUCACCCCGUUAGGAAGCUAUUCUCCAGGUUCAGGAAAGGCCUUGGUGACGUACAGGAAAAACCCAACGAAGACAUUGAGAGGGCCGACAGUGACAGCGAAGGAAAUUCUCGGCCGAAUACCAGAGUCAUCAAGGUGACCGAAGGCAACAAUUCAAUAGAUGGGUUACCGCGUCCCUCUAGUAGUAGUAACAACAACCAGAAUCCGUCACAUAAUGGCGAGAGGGACAAGAUGUCCGGCGGCAAAGUCAGUGCCUGGGGCAAAUCCUCCAAAACUCCCAACGGGGAGACCGGGAAACAAAAGCAAGGUGACACUAGCCGGCAAAACACCCUGAGGGUGCAGACUGAGCAGAAGCACAAGGGUAGCAUGUGGGGUAGGAUGAAACGUGGAGAGUCUGCCGAGGACAGACGCGGGAAUUCCUCGUCAGGAGGCAACAACAACCCUACCACUAAUCUGAGAAAAACGGACUCCACGGAUAGUGGGAUUUUACGCAGCGACUUGAAGUUAGACACGUUGGUAGACUCUCCAUCCGCGGAGAGAAUAGCUCUGUCUCCCAAUGCUUCUCCAGAGAAACUUAUUCAGUGCCUGUGCGGAAUCAGGCAGGAGCUGAGGAACGAGGUGGAGUGUCUGAAUAUCAAAAUGGCAAAAAUAGACGAAAAGAUUCAGGAUAUCUUGAGGUGGAUGACCGUUGACAACUCUGGUGGUACCUCUGGUGGUACCACUCCAGAGGGGAACCACGGUUCAUCUAGAACAAACACAAAUGUACCCAGUGUACCAAAGAGGACUAUAGUCACCGCAGAGAUUUCUCCCAUUAACGAGAAAAUGUCCUCGCCGGAAAGGAGGUUUUCAGAGAGCGGAACUGCUCCCAGGUCUCCCAACGAGCUGUCCUUGCCGUACACGGACGAGAGCGGGAGGCGUCACUCGGCGUCCUCUCUCGUCCCUGGGCGAGGAGACGAUCCCGAUCAACCCCAUGAGAGACCAAGGAGCGGUUCGUCGCCAUCCGUGACCCCCGAGGUUAGGCUCAACUUACCUGAACCGAGAGUUGUCAUUUCUGCACCCGGGGAGGAGACGCCGAGGUCAGGGUCGCCCGUUCCCACGAUGGCCCUGGAUAGGGACUUCGUAAGGGCGGGUAUUCGGGACUUCAGUAGGAGUGGUGAGGCCGACUGCCCCACCAUAGCAGAGAACAAAGACGACAUGGACAUCAAGCUGUAGAUAAUUCAUCUCAGCUGCGAAUCGAGAACUUUGGUUUGGUCAUGAACUUCUGAGUGACUAGAACUCAUCACAAGUGUUUUUCCUCGCCAGAAGUGAGACUGCUGACGACACUUGUUGGCGAAUGUGCCUAUGGAUUGUUUGUUUGCUUGCUUGGCGGGAAAAGCCAAGAGUGUAAAAAAAAGAACGCUUGCAGGCCAAGAGGAUUUUAUCUGAUUCGUUUCCUAUUUACAGAAGAGAAGGCCUAGGGUAGUUGAUAUGGAAUAGAUUUUAUGAACUUAACAACGACAUUUUGAGAGAAACUGAAUCAGGAAGACUGACCGUGACAAUUGACAAUAUAAGUUCGUGUGUAUUGAAGAGAUAUCAUCAAUGGAAAACAAAUGGGCCACUCGGACAAAAUUUUGGAAGGAUGCUACAAACAGAUCUGUGCUUCGAGACACUGUUAUAAGUUACUUACCAUGAUACGACAACUAUGAAGACCUGAUACAAGCAAUACAAAAAGUCCUGAAGUUCUGCUGGAAAUGGUGGAGGCGUGCGUUCCUGUGUUCCUGUGCAGACAUGUGUUCUAGCUACAUACGUUACAGUGCAGGCAUGUGUUCUAGCUACAUGUGUUCAUGUACAGGCAUGUGUUCUAGCUACACAUGUUCCUGUACAGGCAUGUGUUCUAGCUACACAUGUUCCUGUACAGGCAUGUGUUCUAGCUACAUGUGUUCCUGUACAUGCAUGUGUUCUAGCUACAUGUGUUCCUGUACAGGCAUGUGUUCUAGCUACAUGUGUUCCUUUGCAGGCAUGUGUUCUAGCUACAUGUGUUCCUUUGCAGGCAUGUGUGCUAGCUACAUGUGUUCCUGUACAGGCAUGUGUGCUAGCUACAUGUGUUCCUGUACAGGCAUGUGUUCUGGCUACAUGUGUCCCUGUGCAGGCAUGCGUUCUAGCUACAUGUGUUCCUGUGCAGGUAUGUGUUCUAGCUACACGCUACAUGAUGCACUGAUUAUGCCAUCCAACAAACCUAUGGCGAGGGUGUCUAUAUGAACAGAUAACAAAACACAAGUUUUGUCAAAGCUAGAACAACAAAUGUUUCAUACCAAAAGGACCGACGAGCAAAAUAAAAACAGAAACAGAAGAAGUCUGUAUAAUAGGCAUGCGAUGCAUUUACAUAGUAUUCCACAGUCUUGUCGAAAGAAAACGCUGAUCAUUGAGAUAAUUAUCUCUUCUAGGUCACGUACGUCGCGCGAUUGUCGUACGAUUUUGAUGCCAUAGAACUUUCAAGCAGGCUGUCACAGAACCAGCCACCGACAAGUAUCUAAGACAGCAUUUUGUGUAGCAAGACAGCUAUACUUUGCAGGGCACAUGCAUGGCUGUUCAUACCAAUGCUAGCGAUCGUACGAUGAUCGCUUGAUAUAUGUGACCUCGCCCGGAGUGACACCCCCGCCAUAUGUAUUGUAUGAGCAUACCUCAUAGUAUCAUGUUGACUG